UUAAAAUCAAAUUUUUUGAAAAAUAUAUAAUUAUUGUGUGUGAUGAAAUAAAUUGACAUAUAUUUGAUAAAUGUUAUAACUGCUGGGAAAUUAAAUUUGUUUUUUAAUUAAACAUCAUUAAUAAACUCAACGAGGGACUGCUUUCUUUUUACAGAGAUCGCUUUAAAGAAUUUACUGAAUUAAACUUAUUGUUAUUGAGAAAAUCGUUGCAGUGAUUUAAAGAUUUGUGAAAGAUUGCUUGAAUUAUAUUCUGAAGAUGAAGAAAUUUUUGUUGCUCGUAACCUGCAUUCAAUCCGCACUAACUGUCAUUGGCAUGCAUUACAGGGAUAGUAAUUUUCUGAACCACGCGCAAAUGGUGUACGAAUUUCAAUGCUCCUUACCGCAACUAAGGGCUGUCCGGGUAGAGGAUCUCCUAACUGCGGGUCCAGGACCUGACGAAAUCUUCUAUCCCUCAUCCACGGUCCUAGCGCGAUGCGCAGAAUCAGGAUGCUGUCCCGAUUCCAAGCAAGUCUGUGCUCCAAUCGAGACCAAAAAUGUCAGCCUCGUCUUCAUGAUCAGGCACCGUAUCGAUCAACAACGAGAUCGUCAUCAUGAAAUCAUCCAUGCUCUGGAGCACACCAAGUGCGCCUGUAUGAAUAAAUCUCUAGCCGCUAAGAAUGGCAAGAUUUGAACAAGCGUAUAUGCAGAUAAUAAUCUUCUUAAAUACACGAUGAAUUAAAAAAAAAACAAUGGAAAUGAAUUAUAGAGAUUAAAAGAUUCUUAUUCCUUAAAAUAAAAAAAAUCGAAAGAUUCAAUAUUUUUUAAA